AUGACUUAUACCCGAUUCAACACGUCUCAAUGUAAAGUCCUCGAGGGUCUUUACAAGAAGAGUCCAAAACCGUCAGUGGAGGAGAGAAACAAGUUGGCCAAAAUGUUUCGAAUCGAUUUUUCAAAAAUCACACGUUGGUUUGAAAGACGGAAUAACAAGGAGAAGGCUGAGAAGAAGAUUUCUGAUGAUGAGCUGAAAGAGCAAGAGGAUCCAGCUGAUGAUGUUGUUCGUGGCAAACCACCUCCCCCUCAACAUCCUCAACCUCAAGAUCUGAACGAUUUUCAACCGAAGAAUCACAGUGGAAAGAGUAGAACGAGUGAUGCUCCAAAAGAGAAUCAGAUGAAUGUGGUCCAUAAGAGUUUGGAGGAAUCUCAAAAAGGAGCUCGAGAAUCUGAGGAAGACGUCGUUGAAAUUAAAAAAGAAGUCCCUGAGCAGAAUUCUAUGAAUCUUUAUCGAGAGCCUAAGCUGGAAGAAAUUAAGGAUGUCCCAGCACCAUUUUGGACAUAUCCCCCACACAAUGGACCAAUCAAGUAUCCUGUCGCUGCUCAUAAGGAAGACCAACGAAAAUAUUCCGCUUUGAUUCAAAAAAUCCGCAGCCAAUUAGGUCCACAAAGAACUCAAAAUCCUGCUAAGAAUUACUAUACCAAUCCGUAUCCCACGUUUACGCCUGGAUCAAAUCGACAGUCUCUUGGAGAAAACGUUCAAUUCAAUUCAUAUGUCUCUCCAAGACCAUCUACUUCACAAGAGGCCACAUUUUCCAGUGCAUCCAACGCAGAACGAUCUUCAGUUGUUACACCUUCUCUUGGGCCCAUUCGGAACAAAGUGAAUCAUUCGAACCAAAUCCGAUCAGCAAUUUAUGGGAAGCCAAGAAAUUAUGGACAAUCUCAUCCUUAUGCGCUUCAUCCAUUAUCCAAUGAGGAAACUGAGAAUGUCCAAAGAGUGAUGGAUGCUCAAAAGACAAGAUGUUCAGCUGUAAUCAAGAAGGAAUUUGCUGGCACAUCCACCAACGAUUCUAGACGCCUUUCAUCGACUACUUCUUCCGGAUCACAUGCUUCCUCUUCAGGAAUCAGUAGCUCUAAUACUACUGUAUCGAUUCGAUCUCCAUCUUCUAGACCAUCUGGAUCUUCCACGAAGAGCACCAAUGAGCCUACUUCUGCUGCUACUUCUGUAUCACUUGGAUCUCCAUCUUCUGGCCCAAUGCCAACACCAUCGCCUGUUUUACCGUCGGAACGAGUUUUCUCAAAUUCUCAUCGAGCCCAAGAAUUGCCACUGUCGACACCAUCACCAGCAGCUUCUAAGAUCCCUGCACCUUUUGAAGUGUUGACUGUGAAUAAGCCAGGACCAGAUAAUAAGGCUCCAGAAGUGUCUUGUGAUGUCGAAUCUCUGGCAACAUCUCCUGGAAAAGUCAAGACUACCGAACCAAUCAAGUUGGAUCAGAAGGAAGAUUCUGCUACAGAAAAGAAGAAUCUAUCAUUCAAAUUGAUGAAGCCCGGCGAAAACAACUUAAUGCGGAUCGAAUUUCGAAUUUCGCGCCGUUCUUCAAGACAACGUUUUUACCGUUUAGCAUGUCGACGAUUUAUACGGCGUGGAGCAGUCAAGAAGUGCAGGAAUUUUUGUGUCAAUUUCUCAAGCCAGCUGCUAUGGAGACCCUUAAAAAUCUAA